AUAUAAAUGAGGUAGUGUCCGUUCACAGGAUUGUAGUCCUCACUUCAGAAGACAAGGAUGAGAAGGUUCGGCCCCUGCCUGGCCCUGGUGGCCAUCUCUCUGGAUCUGGCGAUCUCCCUGCAAUGUUACGUCUGCAAAGAUCAAACCGAGAGGAAUAACUGCUGGGGGGUGAAGAACUGUCUGCCGGGGCAGAACGCCUGUUAUAGCACCCGGUACCAACGGGAGUCUGAUGGAAAGAAUGUGUUUACAAGAGACUGCAUCCAGGGCUGCCAAGAUAGCAACUCGCUCGCCCAAGGCAUGAAACAUGUCACAUUCUGCUGCGUCAACAGCUUCUGCAACACUAUGGAAGAACUGCCAACUUCUGCUGGCAAUAAUAGCAAUGGCUUUGUCACUAGUUCGGCCAGUGGUUCCGCCGGCGGUUCAGCCAGUGGUUCGGCUGGUGGUCCAGCCAGUGGUUCAGCAAGCGGUUCAGCCAGUGGUUCAGCCAGUGGUUCAGCUAGUGGUCCUGCCAGUGGUUCGGCUGGUGGUCCUGCCAGUGGUUCGGCUGGUGGUUCAGCAAGUGGUUUAGCCGCCGGUUCAGCCAGCGGUUUGGCCGGCAGUUUACCCAGCGGUUCAGCCAGCGGUCCAGCUAGCGGCUCUGUCAUCAACUCCGCUACUCACUCAACUAUCUACUCAUCCACCAGUUCUUCUGGAAACCAUUCCAGCAAUUACUCCUCCAGCUCCAGUAAUUCGGCAGCCAGCGGUACUGUUCUUGGGAAUUCAGGCACUAACCUAAUGAAUAAUACUUCUGCUAGCCAUACCAGUAACACCACCACCACCAACACCAUCAAUGGUUCUCACUCUGGUUCCGCUAACAUUGUUCACAGCUCUGGCACAUCUGGGUCCUCUGCUGGUUCCCCCAUCGUAGUUUAUAGCUCUGGCACAUCUGGAUCCUCUGCUGGUUCCUCCAACACUGGCUAUAGCUCUGGCACAUCUGGAUCCUCUGCUGGUUCCUCCCAUGUUGUUUAUAACUCUGGCACAUCUGGAUCCUCUGCUGGUUCCUCCAAUGUAAUUUAUAACUCUGGCACAUCGGGGUCCUCUGGUUCCCCUAAUGUUUACAACUCGGGCUCACCAGGCUCCAUUAAGGGUGUUUAUAAUUCUGGCACAUUUGGAUCCUCUUCUGGUUCCUCCAAUGUCAUUAAUAACACUGGCAGACCUGGUUUCUUUGGCUCCUCGAAUGUUGGUAAUAGACCUGCCACAUUUGGGUCUUCUUCUGGUUCUUCCAAUGUUGCUUAUAACCCUGGCGCAUUUGGGUCUCCUUCUGGUUCCUCCAAUGUUGCUUAUAACCCUGGCGCAUUUGGGUCUCCUUCUGGUUCCUCCAAUGUUGCUUAUAACCCUGGCACAUUUGGGUCUUCUGGUUCUUCCAAUGUUGCUUAUAACCCUGGCACAUAUGGGUCUUCUGCUGGUUCCUCCAACAUUGCUUAUAACCCUGUCAAAUCCGGGUCCUCUGCUGGUUCCUCUAACGCCAUGUAUAAUUCUGGCCCAUAUGGUUCCUCCAACGUUGCUUAUAAUAAUCCUGGCACAUAUGGGUCUUCUGCUGGUUCCUCCAAUGUUGCUUAUAACCCUGGAACAUUUGGGUCUUCUGCUGGUUCCUCCAACGUUGCUUAUAACCCUGGCACAUCUGGGUCCUCUUCCUCUGGUGGCUCCAACCCACAUAUGAGUGGCUCCUUCUAUAAUACUUUCUUAGCCAAGGCUCCUUCCAGUCACUCUGGUAUCAAGUCUACUAACUCAUAAGCUCGGGAAACUGGUCAGCAGUACAAAAACUGAUCAUAAACUGACAGGUCCAGUAAAACCUCAGACAACUUACUAAUCCUGAUACCUACCUAUUCAAGUUUUGGCCCACUUAAAAAUGAUUGUAUAUGGUUAUUGCCUGAUAUACACCAGCAGCCAUUGUGCUUUUGUUCCCCUGUUCCCAUUACAAGGUUCUCCCUGCUGGAUGAUUUAUUUAUAUCUUAUUAUCCAGCAUGCAAUGUUACCCCCAAAGGUGGGCGGGGACAGCCAAAAAUCCAAAGUGGGGAUUAAGAGAGCCAGGAAAUACUCCAGAGAGGUUCUGCUUUUGUACCUCCCAAAUGCUGUGAGAGGUUAGAUGCAUGGCUCAGCCCACCCACCUCCAACUUUAAACUGUAUCUAAGGCCAACUGUUUUUAUUUUGGAUGGCGUGCUGGGUGAUUCGUAGUUAGCCCUGGUGACCAUUGCUUGGGAUGGAAUAUGAGUAAAAAAUCUUAAAUUUUAAGUUGUCAUAAAAAAUUGAAUGGAGAAUCUUCAGGUGGAGACACUUUUUUUUUCUGGUGACAACUGCGUAAGAUAUUUCCUUUACUUCGGGGAGAUCUCAUGUCACUUCUUGUUUAGUCUUCAGACAGAAAGUAAAGCAUAAUCUCUUUAAUGGAAAAGAUUUUGGCUUUAGUUACACUUUGACCAAAAUAUGCCCUUUGGGUGGACUGGCCCCUGUAAAAUGCUUGGGUGGACUGGCUCAUAUAAAAGGCUUGGGUAGAGCGGGCCCUGUAAAAGGCUUUGGUAGAGCGGGCCCUGUAAAAUGCUUGGGUUGACUGGCUCCUGUCUAAGGCUUGGGUGGACUGGCCCCUGUCUAAGGCUUGGGUGGACCGGCUCCUGUAUAAGUCUUGGGUAGACUGGCCCCUAUAAAAUGCUUGGGUUGACUGGCUGCUGUAUAAGGCUUGGGUGGACUCGCGCCUAUAAAAGGCUUGGGUAGACUGACCCCUGUAAAAGGCUUGGGUGGACUGGCCCCUAUAAAAGGCUUGGGUGGACUGGCCCCUAUAAAAGGCUUGGGUGGACUGGUCCCCAUAAAAGGCUUGGGUGGACUGGCCCCUAUAAAAGACUUGGGUGGGCUGGCUGCUGUAAAUGCUUGGGUGGACUGGCCCCUAUAAAAGACUUGGGUGGACUGGCCCCUGUAAAAGGCUUGGGUGGACUGGCCCCUGUAAAAUGCUUGGGUGGACUGGCCCCUGUAAAAAGGCUUGGGUGAACAGGUCUCCUUACCCGAGCCUGUUUGAUAGGGACCUAUGCUGAUAAUGUGCAAUAGCUAAAAACCAAUGAGAUUACAAUUUACACUUUAACCAAAAUAUGCCCUUUGGGUGGAUUGGCCCAUAUAAAAGGCUUGGGUAGACAUCCCCUGUAAAUAGUUUCGAUAGACUGGCCCCUAUAAAAGGCUUGGGUGGACUGGCUCCUGUAAAAGGCUUGGGUGGACUGGCUCCUGUAAAAGGCUUGGGUGAACAGGUCUCCUUGCCCGAGGCUGUUUGAUAGGGACCUAUGCUGAUAAAGUGCAAUUUACACGAGUCAGACCAGUCAGCGGAUGAGGUUAUUGGUUGCCAUGGUUGAGGAUUGCAUUUUGUACAUUGCUGCUGGGCUUUGCAAUGCCCAAUGGGCUGCAUUAAUAGGGCAAUAAAAAGUUCUGUAACAAUAUGCAAAGUGCAGUAACCCAUAACAACCAAUCAGAAGUGAUUUUUUUUCCAAUCUAACCACAUAAAACUAAAAUCUGAUUGGCCGAUAAGGUGAUGCUUGGCAAAACCUGUUGCGUCUAGGUGGUUGUCCCGAUUUUCUGUCUCAGUCUUCUUUGCAUGAACUCAACUCCAAUGAUUAAGCCAUGAAAAUUAGAGUAAAUUUCAGUGUGGUCCAGAAACUUACUUUACAUAACAAGGACCCUCCAUCGCAUGUCUUCAGAACAAUGACCCAGUGGAUACACAAGGUUCUUCUUUUAGCACUAAAUAAUGACUCGAUGGUUGUCAACCAAACCACCUUCUAUAAAGGGUUCCAUAUUGACCACCCAAAUUCUAACGUGAGAGGAACCUCUCAAAACACGCCUAGAAGGGGACAAACUUGUUGAAAAUGUUUUUUUGUGCAACUGGAAGCCAUUUACCAUAUAUUACACAUAUAUAUUGACCAUGAAAUUGGUAGUAAGGUCCAACCUUUUGGAGGGAACCCUAGGUGGCAGACUGGGACAUCUACGACUACCCACCACACCUGAGGAAUGUCCUGGAAUCAAGACUGCAGAGUUAGUUAUGUUAAUGCAUUGAGUAUUAUUUGCAAUGAUGUCUUAUUGAAAUCAAGAUGUAAAGUUUUUGUGCCAUGUGCCUCUCGGGAUGUUUAAAUGUCAUGCAUUGUAACACGGAGCACUGGAUUACUCUUUUAUUGUGUAAAAAAAUAAAAUAAAUUUUUUGUUAAAAAAUAA